GCGCGGCCCCGGAAGCCUCGCGAGAGCCAGCAGCGGCUGCCCUUGGGUGCGUGGGGCCGGUGCGGUCCGCGGUGCGGUGCCUAGUGGAGUGAGCUACCAUGGCGCGGACGCUCGCUCGUCGGUACUGGGACAUCCCCGAGGGCACCGACUGCCACCGCAAAGCCUUCAUCAGCGCCAGUAUGGGCGGCUUAGGCGGCGUGGUGGUCUCUGCCUACAGCCUCUCGCUAAGGCCCGAGAAAACCAUCCUCGAUGGCGUGGCCAAGGCCGGGCGCUACACGUUCACUGCAGUCGCCAUCGGAGCCAUGUUUGGCCUCGCCUCCUGCGUCAGCGCCCAGGUCCGCCAGAAGCCCGACGACCCCCUGAACUACUUCAUCGGAGGCUGCGCUGGAGGCCUGACCCUGGGAGCGCGCACUCACAACUACGGGAUCGGCGCCGCCGCCUGCGUGUACAUGGGCACAGCGGCCGCCCUGGUCAAGAUGGGCCAGCUGGAGGGCUGGGAGUUUUUUGGGAGACCCAAGGUGUGAGUCUGCCGUCCGCCAGGGCCUCGGCGGGUCCGGAUGCAUCUAGAAAUAAACUGUGUGUAUCUGUG